AUGCCCAGGCCAGCCCUGGGGAAAGGCCCAGUGCGACUGCAGGAGCCCGACGGCGCACGAGAAGAGCUGGAAGGGGUUGCUGUCUCAGGGGCUCACCUCCUGGGAGCCGGGCAGGAGCUGUGGGCACCCCAGGGUGGCGAGGCCACCACCCGCCCCAGCGACCCGGUGGCGGCUAAACUGAGGAAGAGGAGCAGGCCAGUGCGCUCCAAGGCGAGGAGGAUUGCUGCCAAUGUCAGAGAGCGGAAGAGGAUCCUGGACUAUAACCAAGCCUUCAACGCCCUGCGGCUGGCCCUGAAACACGACCUCAAUGGCAAGAGACUCUCCAAAAUUGCAACCCUGCGAACAGCCAUCAACAGGAUUGCCUCCUUGUCCAUGUCCCUGCGCGCCAGCCCGGUGCAGAGGUGCCCCUGUGCCCACACAGAAUGCCACACCUGGUACAGUGGGCCCCGCCAAGAGGGGAGCGGUAAGGGCAGCCAGGCCCAGCUCAUCCACCUGCCCCCGGAGCCCAGCUUCCAACACUGGCCUCCCUCCCCUCCGUAUCCCAGGUAUUCCCCUGAGCCUCCGCUCCAGUCCAACUAUGGAAGCCCGAAGAAGGAUCCUUUUAUAGCCAGCCCUGCUUAUUACUCCAGUGGGAACUACUACCUCGGGGUCAGAGCCAUCUGCCAACAAACACAUAUGGACAACUUCCGAGAUUCUCUCCCAGGGCCAGUCCCCUGGCAGCAGGGGUAUAGCCAAGGCUCCGGGUACCAGCAGUCUCUCCCCAGGCACUGA